CUCCGGCGGCGUCUAGCCCGGCAGCCGGGGAUGAGCCGGGGUCGGGGGGCGAGCUGAGCGGCGGCCAGGAGGGGGCAACUUCGCCCGGGAGAGCGCCUCCCGCCCGGCCCCGCCGGCCGCAGCCCCCGGGCGGGCUCGAGUGGUUUUUCCCUUGCUUGUGCCUCCCCCCUGCGGAUCCAAGAGACGGACCUUGGUCCCCGCGCUCCCGCUGCCGGGUGACAAGAGCCAGCGCCGCCGCCGCCGCCGCCUCGGCCGCCGCUCUCUCUGUCCCUCCGCCCGGCCGCCCCCGGCCGCAGCCCCUGCCCUGCCCGCCCGCCGCACCAUGGAGUUCUCGGAGAGGAAGCGGAGCAGGAAAUCCCAGAGCUUCAAACUGGUGAACCGAGAUUAUCACCAUGAGGUCUAUAAGAUCUCAGACUUCAGCAGCGAUGUUAAUGGGGAGGCCAAAGAGACACAACCCAUUUUUUUAGGAGAUGAAAGCAUGGAAAUUAAAAAACAAAUUACAGGAAUGAGAAGAUUACUGAAUGACAGCGCUGGGAGGAUAUAUCAGCGUGUGGGCAAGGAGGGGGAGAAACUUAAAGAGGAACCCCAGGAUUUGGAUGCGAUCUGGCCUCAGCGUUUGAACUCCGCAGAGGCCCCCCCGAGCCUCCACCCAUCUUCCCGGGGUGCGUGGAACGAGCUGCCACCCCAGAGCGGGCAGUUCUCAGGGCAGUAUGGCACCCGCUCCAGAACCUUCCAGAGCCAGCCCCACACCGCUGGGAGCUCCAAUGGAGAACUUCCAGUGGUGAAUUCAUCGGCUGGAUCCAACUGCUGCACUUGUAACUGCCAGUCGACGUUGCAGGCCAUCCUCCAAGAGCUCAAGACCAUGCGGAAGCUGAUGCAGAUUCAGGCAGUUGGAACCCAAAACAGACAACAACCCCCAAUUUCCCUUAUCUGCUCCCAGCGAACUGCCGUCUCGCGCAAGAGAAAUAAAAAGAAAAAAGUGCCCCCAAAGACUAUGGAACCUCUCACUGUGAAACAGAAGCCCAGUGCAUUGGAAGCUGAGAAGAAGGCUGCAGGGGCCCCUGAGAAUUCCAGUCUCCCCGUGGCCGAGCACCCCUCCCCUGGGGAGAGCCACAUUCUAGGAUUCGGCAUCGUGCUCGAAUCACCAGCCUCCGAUCCAGAAGUGCAACUUGCUGAAGGCUUCGAUGUGUUUAUGCCUAAAUCUCAGCUGGACUCUAUAUUGUCAAACUACACUCGCUCAGGAAGCCUUCUGUUUAGAAAACUGGUGUGUGCAUUUUUUGAUGACAAGACUUUGGCUAACUCCUUACCCAAUGGGAAGAGGAAAAGAGGACUCAAUGACAACCGGAAAGGACUAGACCAAAAUAUUGUGGGUGCAAUAAAAGUCUUCACAGAAAAAUAUUGCACUGCUAAUCACGUGGAUAAACUUCCUGGCCCAAGAGACUGGGUUCAGAUUCUGCAGGAUCAAAUCAAACUGGCGAGAAGAAGGUUAAAAAGAGGCUCAGCAGAGGCAGUUGACGGUGAUGAACGGCUGGACAGUGUUUCUCUAACCCCAACAGGUAAAAAAGCCUGAGGCCCAGAAACACUAAAUGACUUUCUCAAGGUCUCACAGCUGGUUGGUGGCCUGGCCGGAGCCUAGGCCUCUGAACUCCCAGCCGGUCCACUGCGUAGCUUUCUUAAACCUUCUCUGCAUGUUUCCUAGAGAUCGUAAGAAUUGAUGGAUGUACUAAUCCCUGUAGGAUUCCAUUUCAGUGUCGCCCCGUCGUAAGCCGGCCUGAAGUUUGCUGCAGUUCAGCUCUCGGGUUUGUCCUCAGAUUCCGAGGCUGUGAGGUCCCAGUGAGGGCAGUUGUGGGACACCCCCGGCAGGUCUUUUCACUAGACUCCUGCUAGAGAUUUGAUACAAAUCACUAGACAGCAUGAGAAAUAAUACCACUUAAUCAUCUCGGAAAAGGGAAAAGAAGUCACGGAUUGGUGCCCGAAUCUUGCGGUUGUGGAAUUAAAUGAUCUUGAUUAGACUAGCAUGUCUCCCCAGAGCCUCUAACCUAAACUCAUAUCCUGGGGCUUCUCUGAACACAGCGCCACCACCGCAUGCUCUCUUCUUAUGAGUCUCCUAAUGAGACCGUCUGAGACCGUCCCAUGCAGCUUCCUUCCUAGAUCUGAGACUCACUGGCCAGAUCGUCCUCAUCUGGUCAUCUGGUCUAUCUGAGCCAGCCACAGUUGGUCUUUUAUGAAAGAUUUAACAAUGCCUUUAUUAUCCGGUUAAGGUCUUUUUGCUCCUUCCAAAUUCAUGUGUGUUGAGGAGGGCUAGGGCAGGGGUGUAACUCCCCAAGUGUUUCUAUGAACCAGAACCAACCAGGCCAAGUUUAUAGUCAGGCGUCAGAUGACAUUAAUCUCAAUCCAUCACACUUAAGCAACCUUCUGUUUGUCUAGUUUUAACAAAAUGAAUACAGAUUUUAUAGUGGAAAAACAUUUUCUUAAUUUCUCUUCCCUCAACCCUUUCAGUAAGCGUUUUUGAGCAAGGCCAGGAAUCAGCACUGAGUUGGGAGACUUCUGAAUUUGAAGUAGGUUAGUGCAGAGUGUACCUAGGCUUAGAUUUUGGGGUCAUCAUUUGGCAUCCAUUUACAUACUUUUAGAAAUACAGAAAAGUGUAACAAAGAAAAAGUAAAUUACUUUUGCCACCCAGACACAGUCAUUAUUAUUGGGUGUUUUUUUUCCCAGCCUUUUCUCUGUAUUUUUUAAAAAUUUAUAUGCUGGAGGUCAAAUCCAUCCAGUUGGUUCCCUAAGGUUUUGUUCUGUUUUGGUUGACCACCUAAUAAGAAUUUUCCAUUGUAUUACAAAUCACCAUACACAUUCUUUUAAUAGCUGCACAGUAUUCUGUUUUAUAGGUAAAUCAUAUUUUAUUUAGCCAUUUUCUAUUGCUGGAUAAUAGAUGUGAACAUCCUCUAGAAGUAACACACAUUCAUGGAUUUUCCUGUAAAAAAUCAUUAUUGCAGAUUUCUAAUGGCCUAAAAUUGCUCAUCUGGCACACCUAAAGCCUUGGUUAAGAAAUAGUGAUUUAGAGAUAAGACACAGACGCCUCCCCAAGAGGUUCUACGUCUGGCUGUGUCAUGGAAGAGCAUACAAGCCCUCCCUAGAGAAGGGACCCCCUUCACGCUCUUGUCUCUGUUGUAGGUCAUAUACUUGACACCAGGAGAGAAAAACCGGAAGACACAGGGACAGCUUUCACUGCCUAGACUUUCCUUUAGUGACCCUGCUCCUUAGUACACACAGCUCUUUCACUUGAAUCUCCUCAAAGAUCCACUAGUAUUUCAGGUCACUGCAAGGUGUGGGCGUUCCGUGGAGCUGACCCGUCAUGUCUGAAUAGUUUUCAUAUUCUUUCUUUGUCGUAUGCAAUAAUCAAGCCUCCAAUUUGGUCUAAGAUUUUUAAAAAAUCAUCUUUAGAGUUGAACUUUCAGCCUUUUGACAUCCAACAUAUCAUUCAGUUGGUUCGUUGUCCAUCAAAAAGGAGCAGUUUUCUUUUCUUUUUUUUUUCAAUGUGAAUAUGGUAGAGAGUUUGGAAGCACACAUUUUAACAUAAAUUGCUUCAAUGCAUUUUAUAAAGGAGAGUGGCCCUUUCAGGACUGAAGGAGCAGUGGUGAAAGCCAAGAUUAAUUAAAACUGUCAUCAGCCUCGAAGAUGGAAAAGUUGUUUUGGGAGACAGGGUGACUCUAACCUAUUAGAUGAAAUCAUUUGUGGCAUCAUUUCCCCCCAAAAUAAUCAUGUCCCUGAUAAGUGCAAAUGAUACGUGAAUUGUCAGGAAAGAAAAACCUUUCACGUAGGUUGUGUCAACACAGUGACGAAAUACCUAAUUGAAAGGUGAGAAACUCAGAGUAAGCAGCCUUCCACAUGAUACCCAACAACUAUUUUAACAUAUGGCUCUAACUGAGUAGUCCAGGCUUGUGGCAUCAUGUGGCAACUGGCCACAAAUGUACUUACCCUUCACACUUCAUUCAGUUCUAGCACACGUGCUCUCCACUUGAUAUAAAACCAACCAAUGAAAAUGUGGGUUCAUUUCCAAGAAGUAUUUUGGCAUGUGGGUAUUUGUUUUACAGAGAGAUUUAUCUCCAGAUUCCUUUCUCUAGUUGAGAUGGUGAAUUUAAAAUAAGCCUAUUUGUUUAGAAGCAUUACUUUUACACCUCAUUUACUGUAGAAAGCAAAUUUCCUUGAAUCUUUGACACUUGACCCAAAGGCCAAAAGUUGGCUUGAAAGGAACUUGGAGAGCACAAACACCAAACCUUGGGAAAGGGUGGUAUGCUACACUGUCAUUUAACACAUGUCCCUAACACUUAUUUGAUCGAAGCAGAGAGUGUUAGGGCUCAGAGUUAUAGCUCAGGCCCUCAGUCCCAUCCCCUCGUUUUGCGGUAAGGCGGCUGACGAGUGAGGGCUAGGGCCAUCCUGGGCUGGGCAACAACUCGUCAACUAGCUAGCGAAACCAGGAGCCUCAAUUCCUUCCUACCCUAUCCAAGGUACUUGUGCCAUACAUGUGACACAGGGCAGUUGACCUUGAGCCAGGAGGAGAGCUCCAGGGGGAUUCUGGAAUCCACUAAAGACCAGCUAGUUAACCCAAGGCCAUGGGAGGCGUCCCUGUAAAGUGACAAGGCUGGUCCCAGUGUGCUACAUCUCAUCCAUGUGUGUCUUUUGUCUCCUUUUUGGAGCCUCCAGGAAGGUUCAGAGAAAUGGUUUCCAUCACAAGUUUAGUCAGCCUUUUCCAUUUCAGGCCAGUUAAUAAGCCCUUCCCUGAAACCCACCCCUCUGUUCAUCACAGAGUCUAACGAAGUACUGUGAACCGAAGCUUUUGUUUUUCUGCAAGGCGUGUUUUAAAAUUUGUCUUCUGCCUCUCGGAAGGAAGUCUUAAGGGAAUUGAAAAGAUUAAUUAGUGACCUUUCACCUCUGUUACAAUACUAUGAAUACGAUGAAUAGGUUGGGAAUAAAGGUAGAAACAUUUACCUUACGGCUGUGGAAUCUGUUAAAUAUACACCAUGAAACUUCAAAGCACUUCCUGCCAAGACUGGGCGAGAGCUUGAAUUUUUCACUACUUGAGAGGGGGGUGGGGAUUGUUCAGCUCACAGAUAUGUGCAAUGGAUUCACAAAUUGGAAAUAUGUGUUGUAAAACUGCAACGGCAAAAUCAUUUUUGUAAAUUAAAAGUGUAUUUGUGUUUACUUAACUGUGACUACUGUUCAGACUCUACUCAGAAAUCCUUUUUAUAGGCUUUCUUAGCAAAAAAAAAAAAAUUAUUCCAUACCUAUGGAUCAUGUCUCAAUCUUCUGUAUAUAUGUUUUAUUAAUAUGUAAAUAUUUAGAUUUUUUUAAGAUUACUAUGUUCUUUAAAAAAAAAAUUCCACGCAAGGCUAGUUGUGAAAAUGGUGUAUAACAUGUGUUGUGAUAU